GCCACCAUUUUUCUCCUCAAAUGGAGUUCUUCUCAUGAACUUCCCCUUUCGAGCUUGUUUUUCAGCGUUGUCUGUGUCCGAUGGGUCUGUGAGAGUUCGUGCUGUUCUACGUACUGUGGCUCUGGAUCUUCGAAUGUGCGAGAUGAACGAACUCCCUCGGGAAGAUCAAUGCUGCAUUUGAAUAUUUCGAUUCUUUUGAAGUUGGAUGAAGUGUUUAGCUAUAACUCUAGACCCCUAUGAUUUGAUCUAGACAUUAGUUCCAACUACUUGAUCUGUAUUGCUGAUAUAAGCUUCUUGAAGGAUUGUGUAUUCAGAUUAUUUGUUUCUUUUGUUAUCUGGGGCUGGUUUUUGUUCAUUGAUAGACAAUGAAUCUCUCACAUUCAAAUGGUUCAACGCAUAACUUCAAUGGAUUUGAAGAGAAGCUUGAUGAACUUAGAAGGGUUCUAGGAAAGUCCGAUGGUGAUCCACUAAGGAUCGUUGGUGUGGGAGCUGGAGCUUGGGGGAGUGUUUUUGCAGCUCUUCUUCAAGAUAGCUAUGGUCAAUUUCGUGAGAAGGUUCAAAUCCGAAUAUGGAGAAGAGCAGGAAGGAUUCUGGAUAAAGCCACAGCUGAACACCUCUUUGAAGUGAUCAAUUCAAGGGAAGAUGUGCUAAGGAGGCUUAUUCGACGAUGUGCUUAUCUAAAGUACGUCGAAGCGAGGCUCGGUGAUCGAGUUCUCUACGCCGAUGAGAUUUUGAAAGAUGGGUUUUGCUUGAACAUGAUUGACACACCACUUUGUCCUUUGAAAGUAGUGACUAACUUGCAGGAGGCUGUUUGGGAUGCUGACAUUGUUGUUAAUGGCUUACCUUCCACUGAAACCAGAGAGGUUUUUGAAGAGAUAAGUAAAUAUUGGAAAGAACGAAUCACAGUGCCUAUUAUCAUCUCUUUAGCAAAGGGUAUAGAAGCUGCUCUUCAGCCUGUUCCUCACAUAAUAACUCCUACUCUGAUGAUCAACCGUGCAACUAGAGUGCCUAUAGAGAACAUAUUGUAUCUUGGGGGACCGAACAUCGCCUCGGAGAUUUAUAACAAAGAAUACGCGAAUGCUCGGAUUUGUGGAGCUGAGAAGUGGAGGAAGCCUCUUGCAAAUUUUUUGAGACAACCUCAGUUUAUUGUUUGGGAUAAUAGUGACCUUGUGACACAUGAAGUCAUGGGUGGCUUGAAGAACGUCUACGCCAUUGGAGCUGGAAUGGUGGCAGCCCUUACCAAUGAAAGUGCUACCAGUAAAUCAGUAUAUUUUGCACAUUGCACCUCAGAGAUGAUCUUCAUUACUUACUUGCUAGCAGAAGAACCCGAGAAGCUAGCGGGGCCUUUGCUCGCUGACACUUACGUGACCUUGUUGAAAGGUCGUAACGCUUGGUACGGGCAAAUGUUGGCCAAGGGCGAACUUAGUCUAGAUAUGGGGGAUAGCAUUAGUGGCAAAGGGAUGAUUCAGGGAGUCUCUGCUGUUGGUGCUUUCUAUGAAAUUCUGAGUCAGUCAAGCCUAAACGUGUUGCAUCCUGAAGACAACAAGCCUGUUGCUCCUGUGCAGCUUUGUCCCAUCUUAAAGACACUCUAUAAAAUACUUAUUAAAAGGGAUGGAUCACCUCAAGCUAUACUAGAAGCCUUGCGAGACGAGACCUUGAAUGAUCCUCGAGACCGGAUCGAGUUGGCACAAAGCCAUGCUUUCUACAGGCCUUCACUUCUUGGUCAACCUUGAACUGUAGAUUCCAUGGCAAAACUUAAAACUAGUCUGAAAGAGUGAGCCCUGCAUAAAUGAGCUAUGAACUAGUCUAUAGGUUUCUUUCUUGGUCCUAUAGACAAUUAUAUGUCACAUGGAGAAAGUUAUAUGAUAAUGCUGAAUUUCAAAUUAUUUCUUGGCACUUUGCUUUUGAAAGGGAAUCAAUAUCAAAAUUCUCUCAUCUUUGAUA